CCCUGGCACGUCACAGGUGGGAGAAAUGUCUAUACCAAGAUUCCUAAAAGUAACAUAUGGAGCAUACGAUAAUUACAUUCCAGUCAGUGAGUUAAGCAAAAAAUCAUGGAAUCAGCAAUACUUUUCCCUGGCAUUUCCCAAACCACCAAGGCCAGGAAAAAAACGGAGAUCACUACCUUCCCAGUUACAGAAAAAUACAGCUCCUGUAAUUGUUGAAGAAAAUUUAGGAGUUCACAGACCACCAUUAUGGAUGCACCGUUCCCUGAUGAGAAUAUCCGAGAGACCAUCCGUUUAUUUAGCUGCCAGGAAGGGCCUUAUACCAAAAGCACCUCAUUUUGGCAAGGGAGAGUCGAAAAGCGUGGGCACACACAAGUCUUUGGCUUCAGAAAAAACAAAGAAAGAAGUAAAAAUGAAAAAAGAUGGAUUUGAAGCAAAAGAGAAGACAGUGUUAAAGACAGACAAGGAGGGAAGUCCCAAACCAGCUACAAAGAAUAUUUCAAGGGAUUCACAAAAGGACAAGGGAAAAGUAUCUUCAGAUUCUGAAGGCGAAAAGGCUGGUGUGAAGAAGGGAUCCAAGAAAGUUAAAGAUACGCCAAAGGGUAAAGAUUCAGCCUCAGAAUCUGGAGGUGAAAAGGCUGGAUCCAAGAAGGAAGCCAAGGUCACUAAAAAAGGCUCAACGGGUAAAGAUUCAGCCUCAGAAUCUGGAGGUGAAAAGGCUGGUGCGAAGAAGGAAACCAAGGUCAGUAAAAAAGGCUCAAAGGAUAAAGACUCGGCCUCUGAAUCUGGAGGGGAAAAGGCUGGAUCCAAGAAGGAAACCAAGGUCAGUAAGAAAGGCUCAAAGGAUAAAGACUCAGCCCCUGAAUCUGGAGGUGAAAAGGCUGGAUCCAAGAAGGAAGCCAAGGUCACAAAAAAAAAUUCAAAGGGUAAAGACUCAGCCUCUGAAUCUGGAGUCGAAAAGGCUGGUUCAAAGAAGGAAGCCAAUGUCACUAAAAAAGGCUCAAAGGGUAAAGACUCAGCCUCUGAAUCUGGAGGGGAAAAGGCUGGAUCCAAGAAGGAAACCAAGGUCACAAAAAAACCCUCAAAGGGUAAAGACUCAGCCUCUGAAUCUGGAGGCGAAAAGGCUGGGUCCAAGAAGGAAGCCAAGGUCACUAAAAAAAGCUCAAAGGGUAAAGACUCGGCCUCUGAAUCUGGAGGGGAAAAGGCUGGAUCCAAGAAGGAAACCAAGGUCAGUAAAAAAAGUUCGAAAGAUAAAACUUCAGUCUCAGAAUCUGGAAGUGAAAAGGCUGGUGCAAAGAAGGAAGCCAAGGCCACUAAAAAAGGCUCCAAGGAUAAAACUUCAGUCUCAGAAUCUGGAAGUGAAAAGACUGGUGCGAAGAAGGAAGCCAAGACCACUAAAAAAGCAUCCAAGGAUAAAGUGUCAGCCACAGAAUCUGCAGGUGAAAAGGCUGGUUCGAAGAAGGAAGACAAGGCCACUAAGAAAGGAUCCAAGGAUAAAGUGUCAGCCACAGAAUCUGGAGGUGAAAAGGCUGGUUCGAAGAAGGAAGCCAAGGCUGAUAAAAAAGAUGCAACGAGCUCACAAGACACUCUUUUAAGUACAGCAGCUGACAAAGAUGGCAAAACGAAGGAAGAAAAACCUGUUAAACAGAGUUCAAAAAGCAAAGAUUCGGUUAUAGAUUCUGCAAGUGAAAAGGGAGAUGAAAAGAAAGAGGACAAGAAGGAAGGGAAAAAGGAGAAAAAAAAGAAAGAUGGAGAAGGAAAAGAGGGUGGUAAGAAAGAGAAGAAAGACAAGAAGGACAAGAAGGACAAAAAGGACAAGAAGGACAAGAAAGACAAGAAAGAAAAGAAAGAAAAGAAAGACAAGAAAGACAAAAAAGACAAGAAAGACAAGAAAGACAAGAAAGCAAAGAAGGCGAAGUAGGUCUUGGUUCAAAAAGCAAACUGAAGGUAAGAACUCCAAAGCAUAUACAGUGAACCCAUUCAGUAGCCUUAACAUUCAUCUGUGAGAUAAAAGAAGUGUGCAAAGAUUAAUCAAAUCAUUUAUUAAAGAGAAGAAAAAUUACAGGGUGAAAUGAAAAUAUACUCAUGGAAUUUAAAAAAAGAACUAAGGAGACUCCAUAGGAUUCAUUGUACAAUGUGGAAGGUACCUAUUUUAAAUUUGUAGCUAUGGAGGACUAAAAGUAAAAUCACUAGAGAGAUUCAAAGAAUAUGCAAGUAAGAAUUCAGAAAAUAACGAUUGGAAAACAGACAACCAAAAACACAAUAUUGCACAGGACUUUGUUAAAGAAAAAAAAAAGCUUACAAGAAGGCUUGGUGCUGUCUCUAGAUUUAAUGAUGUGCAGCUGAGCUUGUACACUUAAGAAGCACAAUAGCCAAGAAAAGAAAAACAAUGCUUAGAAAAUAGAGUUUGAACUGAAUAAAUAACAAAAAUGACUUCACAAGUAGAACACAUAGAAGAGAGAAAAGAAAUGAGUGUAAAGGGAUGAAGGCAAAGAUGGGAGGAAAGAUAAGAGAGAAAAGACCACCAUCCAUAGGAAGAAGAGAGAGGACACCUUGAGUUUGUUUACAGGACCAUCUGAGUUUCAAGUGACCACAAGACUGACCCACCUGUAAUCCCAGAUGAACAUUUUUGAGGUGUGAAGUUGCUGUUUUUACCACGUCUGCAGUGAGAAAGCAGAGAAGAGGAAGAAGUUGUACUGGGCUAUAGAACAUCAAGAAUGUGAUAAGGAAAGAAGAUGAUGAAAUCAAACUGAUAACUCCAGCUCUGGAAAUGAGAAGUAGAAAAAAAAAAAAAAACAAAAAUCACAAAGAAAAAGAAAAAAACAACAGAACUCUACGAAGGUCAUUUAAGAAGUACAGCAGAACUCUGGCAAUGAAGACAUUGUAAAGUUUUAUUCAAAAUCUAUGGUAUACUAUGAAGAACUGUUCAAAAUUCCCAUUAUGGAAGAGUGCAACAUUUAAUUCUCUUGAUUAUCUUCAUGUCUGUGAAGUUAUCAGGCUGCUCUAAUUUUGAAAUGAAUGAAUUUUAACAUCAGAUGAGAACAUCCAU